CACAGAGAUAGAUAAAAGAAAGAAAUUAAAUUAAAAAAGAAAAUUGUAAUAACAAAAGAAAAAAAAAAUACAAGAAAAAAAAGAGAGAAAGAACAAAACCAAACCUUUUAGAAACCCUAAUUCCAGCUUCCCACAAAAUUCACUGUCAAAAAUCUCUCUGCAUUUUAUCCCAUUUUAUAGGCACAUUUCAUUGUGUUAUCCCCUUUGGCUUUGUUGCUUCCCAUCUGAAUAAGGCAACGACCUGGGAAGGCGCCAAUAAGAAUGCCAAUCCCCCUGUUUCUGGGAUUCAGCAUUGUAUCAAUUUGGAAGUUGUUGUUAAACUAUUCAUCUCUAUUUAAAAAAUCUAUGCCUAUAGAAGAGGAUUUUUAUUCUCUUGCUUCUUAACUUUCUUCAUUUUUUCGAAAGUUGAAGGGAAUUGUAUAUAGUGAUUUGUUGUUUUAAAGAUCCUAAUAAGUUAUUGUAGUGUCAUCAUCAAAUGUCAGAAGGUGUUAUGGCGGUAGUAAAACCUGAGAUGAAGUCUUACAUCUGGCUUCAGACUGCUGAUGGUUCAAUUCAACAAGUAGAAGAGGAGGUUGCUAUGUUUUGCCCUAUGAUAUGUCGAGAAGUAAUUAAUACGGGGAUGGGAUCUUCCAAAAAUUAUGCAAUAUCACUUCCACAACGGGUUAACCCUGCUAUCUUGGGAUUAAUACUUGAUUAUUGCCGGUUUCAUCAAGUACCAGGUCGUUCAAAUAAGGAACGCAAAACAUAUGAUGAGAAAUUUAUCCGAAUGGACACGAAGAAAUUGUGUGAGCUGACAUCAGCUGCUGAUAGUCUCCAAUUGAAGCCGUUGGUUGAUCUCACAAGCAGAGCACUUGCGCGAAUUAUUGAAGGAAAAACACCGGAGGAGAUACGUGAGACCUUUCAUUUACCGGAUGACCUAACGGAGGAGGAGAAGUUGGAGCCUCUGCGAAACAUAACCGAUGAUCCUCGUAUUCGCCUUCUAAAUCGAUUAUAUGCAAGGAAGAGAAAAGAAUUAAAAGAAAGAGAGAAAUUGAAGAAUAUUGAGGUUGAAGAGGAGCGUGUGGAUGAGCGCUCAGUUGAGGAUCUCUUGACAUUCAUAAAUGGUGGAGAUGGAGAGUCAAAAGGGGCUAGAAGCAAUAAGAGCAAGAAGAAAAAUCGGAGAAGAAAGGAUCAAAUAAAGAAUUCUUCAAAUGAUAUAAAUGGCAACCAUAAUAAGGAAUUGGAUGAUCUUUCUUUUCACGAUGGCAGUGUUAAUAAUAUGGCAUCUCCAAGUAAAACAUCCAAGUUGCAAGAUUCUACAGCAGUCUCUUAUUCCCCAAAGCUCGAUUUUGAUGAUGUUGAUAUCGAUGAUGAUUUAGAUCCAGCCAUGAAGGAGGAGCUUGACAGAGAAGUCGAGGACUUUGCACGUAGGUUGAAUUCAGAUUGGCCAGAAAGAAUGCAGGAAAUUUUAUCCUUAGGCCAAGAAAGAAGGCUUGUACCAGUGUCAAAUGGCAAUGGUUCCCAGAGAUAUAACAGUUUGGAUCGGAGAUAGUGGUAUACUGUUAGAAUAUUUUACGUUGAGAUUACCCAGCAGCAGCGUUGAGCGAAUUGGAAAGAUGCUAUCGUGCAGCUUGCAGCAACCGAGGCUGUGGAAAAGUCUGAAAUAUUUUUGCUGCAACAAAGCUCAUGAGUAUAUUUGUUUGUUUUAACAUCAUCCAAAUGCAAUUUUUCAUCCGAGGAAUCGAUGUGUUGGAGACACAAAAAGAUGUUAGGAAAGAGUUUUAUAAACCAAAAAAAAAAAAAUAGAAAAUGCAUUUCCAAGGGUGACUGACAAAUAGCCAGAGCUAAUAUGCUUGCUUGCUUAUUUGCUUAUCCUUGUGUUCUGUUGUUGUUGCUGUUCCCUAGUUUCAGCCAUGGAUGGCAGCUAGCUCAUGUACUGUACUGUUUUUUUUCUUUCACUCAUCUUGUUUUUGCAAAUGUUCUCUUUUCCUUUUUCCAGUUCUUAUAGGCCGCAUUUGGCUUUUGUUAAGUUCUACGAGAAGUUGUAAGUACUUGCAGGUGAAGUAAUGAAUUGGGGGGAAAAAUGUUUUAUCUCAAAUUGUGUUUAUCUCGAUUCUGAAUCUUAACAUUAACUUGUAAACUGAUGUGAUGGGAUGAAACGUAUACCCAUCACAAAUUAUUACAUUACAUUUAGAUUACAUAGUUUUGUUCUUUAAUCUUUAACUUUGUAAGCCGAGUAAUAUCUUUUGAAGGCUUUAGGAAGAUAAAAAGGCAAUAAGAAACCAAAAAGAUUGAAACACCAAAAGGCCAUAUUAGCAAUGGCAAGGCCUCUUCCAAUGUAAAGUCUCAUAGGAGAAGAGCCAUCAUAUCCUUCGUUAACUUUAGAAAAUUCAUUCCUCAGCCAAUCUACGAUGCUAAAAAUCCUCCUAGAGUUGUAGAAAACCGGGACGAAAACCCGAAUAGGAGUCGAAAACCAUCCGGAAAAGGCCACACCUUCCAUGAAAACUUGGCUGGAGAGUAGGAAAAGAUGGGGUGCAGCUGCUUUUAUUCCUUCUUUGUUUCCAUGAAAAAUUCCAUCCAAGAUGUAUGCUAUAGGGAGAAGAAGGCCAAUUAUUGCUCCAAUGGUAACAUAGAUGAGAAGAAGCUUGUUUUGGGGACUGAAAAUUGUUGGCUCUAGUGAAGCCUGGAGCUUUGGAAAAGCAAUCUUUGAUAGUAAGAACAUGUAGACAAUGGAAAAGAGGACGAAAAACAUGUCUUGGGGGCUAACCAUGCCACUGGCUAAGAGUAGAAGAACCACAGCAAGGGCAAUUAGAUGCUGGAAAGAGAGAAACAUAAGCUUUUUAGGAGUUUGAGUGUCGUUUUCCAUUGAAGAUUGGUUUGAGCUCUUCUUCUAUUGGUAGGCUUAUGUCGUAACUUGUUGCAAGUUGGAACAGCUCUGGCCAAGGUUUUUUUUUUGGUAAUCUGAACAAAAUUACAGAACGAGAGACAACUAAAACUUGU